AUGUUAAAAUCCAAAUAUUAUACAUCUAGAAGAUUUUAUUACUGUCGAAAUAAUUAUAAUUCAUAUAAAUUAAAUUUUAAAUCAAUAUCAAAAGAAUAUUUUAAUUUUAUUUCUCAUAUAAUUCAUCCAGAAAAUAUAAUAUCAUUAAAAUUAUUUGGUGAUGAUUAUACACCUGGACAAAUAAAAUCAUUUAUUAAAAAUUUUCAAUUAAAUAAAUUAAAUCGAUUAAAAUAUUUAAAAUUAAUUAAAAUAAAUGAAAAUGAUUUAGAAUUAAUAUUAAAAUAUCUAAUAAAUAAUCGUUUAAAUUAUCUUGAAAUUGAAUAUCGACAAUAUUUUACAAUAUUAAAUCAAUCAACAAUAAUAAUUCUUCAAAAUAUAUUAGCAUUUGAAACUCUUCAAGAAGUUAUUUUAAAUAUGAGAUCUUAUCAAUAUGAUUUUGUUCAAUGGCCACAAUUAACUUAUAUUCAAUAUAUAACUUUAUUUAAUUCAAAUAUUUAUCAAUUUAGUCAAAUAAUUGAAAAAGAAAAUCAAUUUAAAUCACUAAGACUUAUUAAUUUUACAAUGAAAAAUUUCAAUGAAAUAACAUUUUAA